AUGUCUCCGCCCGAGGAGGUCGAGUGCGACGUGGUGAUCGUGGGCGGCGGGCCGGCGGGCUGCACGUGCGCGCUCUACACGUCGCGCGCGAACCUCAAGACGGUGAUGCUCGACAAGAACCCCGCCGCGGGCGCGCUCGCCAUCACGUCGCACAUCGCAAACUACCCGGGCGUCGAGGACACGCAGAUGAGCGGCGCCGCGCUGCUCGAGCGGAUGCGCGACCAAGCCAUUGAGUACGGCACAGUCGCUCGCCCCCCCCCCCCCCCCCCCCCCAGCCCGCCCGCUCCCUCCCGGCCGCAGGUCUUCCUCGUCGAGGCGGACGGAGACUCCAAGACAGUCUACACGCCCGACCUGACCGUCAAGGCGAGGGCGCUCGUCCUCGCCACCGGCGCCAUGGGGCGGCCUCCCUCCUUCAAGGGAGAGGACUGCGGCGGCCCACCCCCUCGCGGUCGGCGCCAGGUGAGCUACUGCGCGACGUGCGACGGCGCCUUUUACCAGGACCGCGAGGUCGCAGUCGUGGGCGUCAACGCGGAGGCGGUGGAGGAGGCCCAGUUCCUCACCAAGUUCGCCUCGACGGUGCACUGGGUGACCGCCGUCGACCCGAAGCCGGACGACGCGCACGCGCAGACUCUGCUGGCGCCGCCCGCCCGCCCGCCCGCCCGCCCGCCGCUCCUCGCCCACGCAGCACACAGCCCUCCUCCGAACGUCAAGCACUGGAGCCAGACCCGGAUGACAACCAUCGAGGGGGACGACUCGGGCGUGACGGGCGCGCUCCUCCACCCGAAGAAGGGCGACGGCGAGCCAAUCAGCCUGCCGGUCGAGGGCGUCUUCAUCUACGUCGCCGGCUCCAAGCCAAUCACCGACUUCCUCGACGGGCAGGCGGUCGAGCUCAACCCGGACGGAGGCGUCAAGGUGGACGAGGAGAUGGCGACCAACGUCCCGGGCGUCUACGCCAUCGGCGACAUCCGGAACACGCCGUACAAGCAGGUGGUCGUCGCGGCCUCCGACGGCUGCAUCGCCGCGAUGUCGAUCGAUCGCUUCCUGAAGGGGCGCAAAACGAUCAAGGUGGACUGGAUUCACAAGUGA